AUGGAAAAAGCAUUUGCUGUCUUAAGAUGCCGGGAUGAUGAAAAACUUCUGUUUGCAUCAUACAUGUUGCAAGAAGAAGCAUUUAAUUGGUGGCAGAUGUUGGAGCAUAAAUUUGAACAUGAUGGGGAACCUCUCACUUGGGAUAAAUUUCGAAAAGCAUUCUAUGAUAAAUAUUUUCCUCGGAGUGUAAGGACACAGAAGGAACAAGAAUUUAUCCAUUUGAAGCAAAGGGGCAUGACAGUGGCCGAAUAUGAAGCCAAAUUCACAAAACUAGCCAAAUUUGUUUCGAAAUUGGUAGAGGAUGAGCAAGACCGAGUGCACAAGUUUGAGAUGGGAUUGAAGACUGAAAUUAGGAAGCAAGUGGUACCCUAUGAGUUGACUACCUACGCAGCUGUGGUGAAUAAAGCUUUAAUCAUUGAAAGGGAAGUCAAUGAAGCUUUUGCUAAAAGGGAAACAAACCAAAAGAAAAGAAACAGACCUGCUGAAUUUAAAGGGGGAAACAAGAAUUUCAAGAAUCCAACUCAGAAGCCAAAUAAAGAUAGAAAUCUCAAAAAUGAGAGUGGGAAGUGUUCAAGAUGUGGCGGUAAUCAUGAAUUUGCAAAUUGUCCCUGGGUUACAGGUUCUUGUUUUCAUUGCGGACAGAAAGGUCAUAAAAUUGCAGACUGCCCACAAAGAAACGAGAAUAAAUCUACGCAAGCAAUGGAAGGAAGCCAGAGGCCAAAGACUCAAGAAAGGGUAUUUGCACUUACACAGCAAGAUGUACAAGCUUCUAAUGCAGUGGUGACAGGUACUAUUCCUGUAUCUGAUAUUUAUGCUUAUGUCUUAUUUGAUCCUGGUGCCACACAUUCAUUCAUAUUCUCAAACUUUGUCAAAACACAUGACAUAUUGUGUGAAUCCAUGACCACUAAGUUCUAUGUGGAGACACCAGUAGGCGGUAUGUUGGGCACUGAUGUUAUAUGCAAGUCAUGUAAAAUUGAAAUAAUAGAUAGGGAGUUACCUGUGGAUCUGAUUGUACUUGAUAUGUGGGAUUUUGAUGUCAUUCUAGGGAUGAAUUGGCUUGCUACUUAG